AUGGCCAGCCUGCAACAGGAGUACCCCCUGGUCCUGCUGGGUAUUCUGGAGGAGCUUGCUGCUAUGCGCCACUGGCUCUCCUUCCAGGACCUGUGUCGAAUGGUCAGCACCCGCUUCGACCUGCAGCACCUCACAGAGCUUAGGAGCCUGCUGUUCUCCGCAGCCUGCCGCGACCCCUGUUUCCCCGCCACCCUCUUCAGAGACAGGGUCACCCCCAAGGGACUGGGGACAUCCCCGAUAGGCGUGGCAGCUGACAUCGUCACUAUAUUCAACCUCAUUCAAAUGACGGGUGUGGCUCCCGAUGAGGCCCAGGCUUCUCAGCCAAUAAAAGGCAAGCCCGCCCCUCACAUCGACCAAUCCCCAGAGCCCUCUUUGCAAAGCUCUUUGCCCAUCACUGACGAAGUGAGAUUCUCCAGAUGUGAUAGGGUGCGCACACUUUCAGACUCUCAGACCAUCUCAGGCCCCAUCGACCCAAGCUUGCUCUGGCCCAAAUCAAAUUACUCGUUCCGCAAGCGCGCCAGUCUCCCUCCCGAUCCCCUCUCUCUUGUCUCCUCAUCCCCUCCGAGCCGUGCCAGGGCUGUGUCUUUCGACUGGCGCCACAACACCCCACUGUUCGCUGGCAGCGGCAAUAUCCCAGGCAUGCAGAGCAUCUACCUCCCCCUGGAGACGGACAGUGAGUCCUCCAAGGAUUCCCUGAGCGGAGACUCGGCACCCAGAGAUCCCGGAUCGGAGCCGGGAUCAGAGCCGGGAUCACAGCCGGGAUCGGAGCGGCAUUCCUGCGUGAAGAAGAGAGACAUCUUCAAGAAAGACUUCCACAACCAGUCGCAACUGGUUCCCCAGGUGACCAUCAGUACUGAGUCUCAGACUCCAAGAGGAGGAGUAGGACGAAGAGGGAGGCAGGAACUUUUUUCCAACCGCAGCUUUGAACUGCUAUCCAACCCGUAUCCUUCCCCCACUGUUGGUCGGUCUUCGCCGGAGCGCCGGGCCAAGCAUGAAAGCUUGGACGACCUUCAGGACUCCACGUACUUUGGCCCAGGGGAUACUAUUCAAGAAUGGUCCCCCCUCCACCUCCAACCCCCCAGGGCCCAGAGGCCAGGGUGGGCCGACAAGAGCCUGAGUCUGGACGACAGGGUGGUGGGCUUAGCGGGGGUGGGUUUGGAUGGCUCCGAGGGCUCUCUUCAGGUGAGACUCACUCCCAGCCCCACCACAAACAACAUUGCUGGGGGGUUGUCCCCUCCAAAGGGAUGGGAGGGGAACACCAUUCCCGCACUUGGGGGAGGGGGGUUGACGGCCUGCAGCAGGGGCACCCAGACUGACACCAUGCCGGACCCCCGGCGCCUGCGGAGCCUGGUGCACGCCGACCGGCUGUCCUUCAUGACCUCGAUGGAUGACCCCGACAUGAUGGGCGAGGAUGACAUCAGCGCCAUCUUCCGCUUCCUGGAUGACAUGAGCAUGUGCGGCUCCACGGGGGUCCUCCACCCCCACGACGUGGGCCCCUCGGCAGCCCAGGAUACCCCAGAGGCACGGCGUGGCCGCCUUGGCCAGCUCCAGAAGCUCUUUCACUCCCUGGAUGGCAGUGACGAUGGCGGCCUCAAGGCCAGCGUAUGUAAACUGCUCCUGAGAAUGGGCCAGAUCGAGCGACGCCUGGAGUCGCUGUCCGAGGUCAAGGCCGAGAUCUCCCAAGUUCUCUCCUUCCUCCAGCGACUGGAUGAGAAGAUACAAGAGCAGGUCAUUAGAGGGGGAGGAGGGAGUGGAGGUAGGUGGCUGGGACCGCCCAGCGGUGGUGGGUCUUCCCUGGGUAGCCUGAGCCAUUCGCUCACUCCUGGGUCUGGGGGCUCCUCGGAACCCCAGCCCCUGUCUGUGUCUGGGCAUUCGUUUGGCAGCCUGGACUGGAACAAGUGGGGCAGCAGCCAAGGGAAGACAGAGACAAACGGAGGUCUGGGCGAGACCGAAGGGGGGAAGAAGGGGGUGCAUUCUCGGCUGGCCUCCUCCAAGCCUGAGGAGAAAAGUGGCGCAGACUCCAAACGGCCGAGCGUCGUCUCCAACUCGUCUGCGCGGGAUUGGACGGUGUCGUUCUCGAAAAGUAAAGAUGGCAAGGCCCAGCCCGGGAAAAAACGGCAGUCGGGUUCAAGUCAUAAGCUCCCCCUUCAAAAACACUCCCACCUGGUGGAGCCAGUGUUCAGUUCCUCUCUCUUGCGUCAGAAGGGUGGCGGGUUGACCAAUCCUGGGUUGUCCUCUGGGUUGCCCUGUGACCCCAGAUUGGCUGGGGGGGGAGGAGGAGCCCCGGUCUGGACCGUGGAGGACAGAGAGGCCAGAAUGUCCCCUCUGGAACUGCAGGCCCAGGAGUCUCUAAACCCCAAUAAUCUGGAGUUUUGGAUGGAGGACAUCUACACGCCAGGUUACGACACACUACUGAGGCGCAAAGAGGCUGACCAGCGCAGAGCCAAAGCCUGCAAGCUGGGGGCGCUCAUCUUCACAGCCAUUACCAUAGUCCUUGUCAUCGUCAUCCCCAUCGCCACAAUGAGCUCCUGA